AUGUUCAAGUCACUCCUUACGGCCUCCCUGCUGGGUUUUUCAGCCGCCUUUCCUUCUUUCUCUGGUCCCGGGCUAUCACCUCGUUCCACAUGUUCCGGCAAUACUGCCACCACAAGAUCUGAAUGGUGCGACUAUUCAAUCGACACAGACUAUACUUCCGAGUCCCCAGACACUGGUGUUACUCGUGAGUAUUAUUUUGAGUUGACGGAAACAACUGCUUCGCCCGAUGGCUACGAACGAUAUGUUCAAACCAUCAAUGGCAGUAUUCCCGGUCCUACUAUUAUUGCUGAUUGGGGUGACACCGUUGUUGUCCAUUUGACCAACUCGCUCUCUUCGUCGACAAACGGUACCAGCCUUCACUUUCAUGGUAUCCGCCAGAACUACACCAAUCAGAACGAUGGUGUCUCAUCCAUCACCCAGUGUCCUACCCCACCGGGCUCUUCUAUCACCUAUACUUGGAAGGCAGAGCAGUACGGGUCGACGUGGUACCACUCUCACUUCGCUCUCCAAGCCUGGCAGGGCGUCUUCGGUGGCAUCAUCAUCAAUGGUCCCGCUACGUCCGACUAUGAUGAAGACCUUGGUCAUCUCUUCCUGAACGAUUGGAGCCACGAAACCGUCGAUGCGCUCUACCUCGAUGCUGAGACCAGCGGUCCUCCAACCCUCGACAAUGGUCUUAUCAACGGGACUAACGUUUAUGGUGAUGAUGACGAUGACGACCAGACUGGUACUCGAUUCAACGUUUCUGUUACAGAGGAUAGUUCCUACCGGUUGAGACUCGUCAAUGCCGCCGUUGACUCGCACUUCGCAUUUAUGAUUGAUAACCACACCAUGACUGUGAUUGCCAUGGACCUGGUGCCUAUCGAGCCAUUCACCACUGAUGUUAUCUACAUGGGAAUGGGUCAACGGUACGACGUCAUCAUCACGGCCGAUCAAGCUGCAGUUGCCGACAGCUUCUGGAUCCGUGCCAUUCCCCAGUCGGCUUGCAGUGAGAAUGACAGCACAGACAACAUCAAGGGUAUACUGUACUAUGGCAGCUCAACAACCACACCAUCCACAUCUAAGCCAUCUAGCUACACUAGUGGCCAAGACUGCGUGGACAUGGAUGCCAGCGACCUCGUACCAUACAUUUCACAGACUAUCUCAUCCGCCACAAGCGAGGGAGAAGAGACUGCUAAGGUCGCCUUUAACUCGGACAAUUUGUUCAAGUGGUACCUGAAUUCGACCACCAUGGUUGUUGAGUGGAGCGACCCUACCCUGCUGCAGGUCUACGACAACACGACCAGCUUCGAUACCUCCAACGCUGUGAUCGAGCUCCCUGAUGCCGAUGUAUGGGUCUACCUAGUCAUUGCGACCACCUUCACCGUACCCCACCCUAUCCACUUGCACGGUCACGACUUCCUGAUCCUUGCCCAAGGUUCCGGCACCUACAGCAGCGACUCUGUCACUCUCAAUAUGGACAACCCUCCUCGCCGAGACACAGCCAUGCUGCCUUCCGCCGGCUAUCUCGUCAUUGCUUUCAAGACCGACAACCCUGGUGCGUGGCUCAUGCACUGCCACAUCGGCUGGCACACUAGUGAAGGUUUCGCUCUGCAAUUCGUCGAGCGACAGGACGAGAUUACUGCCCUUAUUGACUAUGACUCUCUUUCUGACACGUGUGAUGCUUGGACCACAUAUGAGGACACCUACUCGGUCGAACAAGAUGAUUCCGGUGUUUGA